UUGACACUUUGUUUCCACUGUAAAGAUGAUACAAACAAUCUUGACUAUGCUUAACAUGACAAUACGUAUUCUUAAGACAACCAUGAUUUUUUGUAACUAGUUCAAAGCAUGAAUUGAAUUGACUUGUUUCAUAGUUUUAACGAAAGAUGAAGUUUGAUAUAGAAUACAUCCCAACGCAACUCCCACGCGUAACACUUGAGACACACUCAGAUUCCUUUUUCUUUGUAAAAGCAUAGAGAAGUAAAUUCUGUUUGAUGAUUGUGGAAAGAAACAUUCAACCAAGUUGAUUUAAAAAACUGAUUUCAUUUAGAAGCAAGAAUCGGCAACGCUAAUAGAACUAUUGAAUUUGUGUGAUACCCAAUAGAUACCUAAACAUUAUGGAUGCGAAAAAACCAGGAUUAAGGCAUAAUCAGAUUAGUGAAGAGAUCAUAGAACAGGUAGAGCGUCAACUAGCAAAGCCUCCAUCUCUAUGGUUGAAUCUGACGGGGGCUAAAAUCCUUGAAAAUGAAGGUCAAGAUACUAAAGAUAUUGUCCUACCAAAUAAUCGCUCUCAAGUCACGCAUAUUGCUGUUGAUAUUGGCGGAUCUCUGGCAAAAUUACUUUACUAUGUUCGAGACACAUCAUCACCGAGUUCGUCAAGUUCAGAGAUCAGUGACGAAGUAUCAGAUCGAGGAGGAAGAUUGUCGUUUGUAAAGUUUGAGACUUCAAAAAUUGACGAAUGCCUCCAGUUUAUGAAGCAAUUAAUACAGGACCACGCUCGAGAAUCGAGACGAAAGCCUAUAACGGUAAUGGCUACGGGAGGAGGCGCGUACAAGUUUUACGAUAGGAUGUCAAAAGAGCUGGAUGUAGAAGUAAGUCGAGAAGAUGAGAUGGAGUGUUUGAUUGUAGGAUUAAACUACUUUGUUUCUUGCAUUCCUCAAGAGGUAUUCGUGCUGAACACUGAGACGUAUGAGAUGGCAUUCCAGGAGACAAGACACGACAGCAAGUAUCCGCACAUGCUUGUGAAUAUUGGCUCUGGUGUCAGUAUUUUGAAAGUGACAGGACCAUCACAAUUUGAGCGUAUCGGUGGUUCUUCACUGGGAGGCGGAACACUUUGGGGUUUGCUGUCAUUGCUGACCCAGGCAUCAUCUUUUGAUGAAAUGCUAGAACUAUCAAAGAAGGGAGAUAAUGCGGCGGUAGAUAUGUUGGUAGGCGACAUUUAUGGAAAAAACGUCGGUUAUGAGAGAUUUGGCAUGAAAGAUAGCAUGAUCGCGAGUUCAUUUGGAAAAGUAUUUCGAGAAAAUAAAAAGUCGGACGAGUUUCUACCGGAAGACAUUGCGCGGUCUUUGUUAUUAGCGGUCAGUAACAACAUUGGUCAAAUUGCAUAUCUGCAUGCGCAAAAGCAUAAUGUCAAAAACAUUUACUUUGGAGGAAGCUUUAUCCGUAACCACGUACAAACUAUGCAUACGCUCACGUACGCCAUCAAGUUUUGGAGCAACCAGACGAUGAACGCUUACUUUUUAAGGCACGAGGGCUACUUGGGAGUGUUUGGAGCUUUUUUAAAAUAUGCUAUUUCUGAAAGUAAUGUUCCCGUUCCUCCCAUUUCCUAAUUUUCUUCUAUUUUUCCUUUCUUUUGUAGAUCACUUUACCUUUCCAUUUUUUUCUUGAUUUUUUCGUGCACAUGCCAGAUCAUGCAGCAGUGGAUAGAAUGGUCGUACAAGAAAACAAGAGAAAGGCUCUCAUAGGAUUGCUUUGUCGAUAAUAAUGAUAUUGAUGAUAAUGAUAUUGGACGGGUUCCAUGAUGAAUAACAUAAGAUUUCCAUCCACAGCAAUUCUAGGAUCCCGAUACUAAUAAGUUUGGUGUAGGACAUUUACAUAUUCUUAACCCUUUCGUAAGGCAAAGAAGGUCUUGAAGGACAAUUUUGGAACAUCAUGAAACCAAUGCUCAUCCAUCUCUUGUUUUUGAAUCCCAUCCAAAACUGAUUAGACAUUCUAAUUUCGAGGAAAUCUCCUCUAAAAGUCGAUACCAGGUCUGCCCAAACAUCUCGGUUAAACGAUAUCAUAAUACGUUGAGUUUCCAUGACUUGACGGAAGAGUCUUCGCUUGGGCAUAGAGCCAAUCAAAGAAUGCUUUUUUAUUUUAUUUUUACGUUUCUUGUUUAUGUUUUUGUUUACAUUUUUGUUUGUUGAUGAGUCUCCAGUUUCCUCUCUUUCUCACUCCCUCUCUCAACGAUAGUGUUAUCUCCGUUCCAUGUUUUGCAAAAUGAUUUAAAACCAAACGUUCGCCGACCUUUCCAACUCACCUAUGUCUUUUGGGACUUGCCUUGCCUUGCCUUGCCUUAAACCUAGGAAAUGAAUGGAUGGUCUUGCAUAGAUGAAAGCAAUUCCUUGGAUUCGUAAUACUCGUGGAAACAAAUCUAUAACAACGAGAAACAAUUCGCCAAUAGAACCUCUUUUCUCUUUUCUUUAUACUUUCCUUUUCUACCUUCCUAUUCUUCGUCUCUCGUUCCUACCCAAUCCAUGCUUCAUUCAUGUCUCUCGGGUCCUACAACUCUACCUUUCUAUAUUGUGUGGAUAUGGUAUUAUUCGACCUACGAUUCUUUUGUUUACUUACUUUUCUAAUUCGUUAUGUGAAUCAUCAUCAUUUAUUUUGUUAGAGAUAUGCCUCUCUUAUUAUAUGAUUUCAUUCUUUAGCUAUAUGUCAAGGUUUUUUCCUUCAUUGUGGCCUUCUUACUACCCGGUCGAAACUUAUCGACGAUCAAACCCAUUUCAAUUUCAUCGCUAAUACCCGCCAUUUCAAUUCCAUUGCUUAUGGGUGUAAUACCCGAAGAAUACUAUGGAAUAAGGUGACCACGUUGGUCAACCUAAUUUACAUCUACUACCUAAAAGUAGUAAUUCUUCCGUCACUCAGGAAGCUUAUCGACUAUCUUGGUUCAAUAAAAAAGUAGUUCAUCUCAUGUGAAUCUAAUCAUCAGAAGCUAAAUAAAAGGUUUCUCCGGAAUCUCCAAUGAUUGGUCAAACGAAACUUUUAUUGGAUCGUUUAGCUCGCUUAGCUUCCUCACUGCUACUUUUUGGAUUUUCGAUUCGUUCAUUUUUUACCAGGUAAUUCCGCGGUACUACUUUUUUUUGCGAACCCCUUAUCUGGACAAAUCGGAUUCCACUGAUAAAGGCGUUUUUAUCACGUGCAUAAUACGCUAAUUUAAUCAGUACCUCCUCUGAUUAUAUAAGGCCACUUCCCGCACGUUUUUCCACUCCUAUUCGGAACGCGCUACCAGAC